AAGCUGCACUAAGGUGUGGAAUCCUCUGGAUCUUGAGAUGGGCCAAAAUGUAAGAAAUUAUGAAAUUCAACUCCAACAACCAGUGAACAAGGAGUUAAAAUACUAGAAACCGAAGCCUCUACAAAUCCAGAGUUAAAAGCCUCUGCCAGUUCUGGAAUGGAAAUUAAAGCCUGCUCCUACCACCAGGAAGUGACAGCAGCCAGGGGAAAAUGGGAAGGGAUAAAGUAACAGUGAGGUGAGAGACAAAGGCUGAAAGACCAGCGGGGUGAAAGGUGACUUCACCAUCUCCAAGGCUGAAUGCCCUGCGAGUCCUGCUAGUCCAUCGGAAGGGAGAUGUCCAGCAGAGCGCUGGUCGCAGCCGUGCAGGAGGCCAGCCUGGGCAGCUCGGGAUGUGCGGCUGGAGCAGCGUCUGCUGCCUGCUCCGUGCCCGGCGAGGGCCAUGGGCCAGCCAGGGGCAGCAGGGCAGCACAGCAGCCGCUUGUGCAGCUUGUGCUCAGGGCAGAGCAGCAGUGCUGGGCCUGCUCCCCAGAGCCAGGCUGCCUUGGCGUGUGGGGCACGGCGGUGAGGAGCUGCGGGCAGCGUCUGAGCAGGAAUGGCUGCGCAAAGGGGAGAGGCGGAUGGCGCUCUGCAUGUCUGGGCUGGUGUGAAUUCAGCAGGCUCUGGUUUGAACGGCAGCCAGGAUCGACAUCAAUCAGAGCCCAGCCCUGCAACUCCACGGUUUCCCAUUCCUUGGCAGUGGGCCCCCCAGCAAGAAUCCACACCCAGCACAAGCGCUGGAGCUGCCCCCAAAUCCUUCAUCCUCACUCCUGCUGGCCUGGAGGAAGACAGGAGUAUUACACAAGAGGUCUUGGGCUGCAGGAAGCCAGGAAUUACUCAAUAGGAAGAGUGAAGACUGCCAGCACUUCUGUGAUUCCUGCCUCUGGCUGGGGCAUGAGGGAAGCCCUCCUGGUAGGAGAUCUGGGUGAUCAGCAGAUCCCACUCACUGCAGAUGCCAUGGCAAGACUGAGCACAGCAAAUGCACUCUACCCACAGAUCCUUUCCUCAGUGGAAGGGCAGCCUUGGUGUUGAAGGCAGAGAGGGUGAAGGUGUCAUCAGUGAGAGAUGAGAAGACUACAGCCAACUGAGAUUGUUGCUGUGUAAAUCCACUAGGGCCCCAAUCACUGCAUGUGGGAUUUUUCCAGGCAGUGAAGACAAUUUCAAAGAUCCAUAUUUGAAUUUUAACCAAACAAGCAAUUGAAUAAAAAAUAAGCAGUCAUGAAA